CAAACAUCCUGAGAGCCCUGAGUGUGCUCCUGAAAGUGCUCUCCUCCCACCUCCAAGGACUAUGGUCUCUUUGGCUGUCCUCUCCAUCCUCAUCGUUUCAAUACCUGGUUUCAGCUUUGAAACUGAGAAAUUUGUUAAACAUAUUCCAAAUGCCUGCUGCCACUCCUACACGCGCCAGAUCCGAUACAGCCUCGUGAUGGACUUCUAUGAGACCAGCAGCCAGUGCCUCAAGCCAGGCAUCAUCUUUCUCACCAAUAGAGGUCGCCAGAUCUGUGCCAAUCCCAGAAAAGAGUGGGUACAGGUGUACAUGUUCAGCCUGAAACAAAAGAAAAAGACUGAAGAGUACCGUUCCCAGAGAAAACAUUUCUACACAAGUGUUGAACUUUCUGUACCCGAAAAAUAA